AGCUGAAAUAACCACUGAAUCAGCUGAAAUAACCAGUGCAUUAGCUGAAAUUACCACAGAAGGAGUUGAAAUAACCACUGGAGCAGCUGAAAUAACCACUGAAUCAGAAAUAACCACUGCACCAGCUGAAAUUACAACGCAUGAGUUUACUGAUAUUACUAACCCUACAUAUACCAAACAAGACACGACAGUCAUACAAGGUAUUACUACUGAAGGGACUAGAGUAACCACAGAAGGAGCAGCAGUGACCAGUGAAGGGGUAGUAAUAACUACUGAAGGGGCUGCAGUGACCACUGAUGGGGCUGCAGUAACCACAGAUGGGGCUGCAGUAACUACUGAUGGGGCUGCAAUAACUACUAAAGGGGCUGCAGUAACUACUGAUGGGGCCGCAGUAACCACUGAUCGGGCUGCAGUAACUACUGAUGGGGCUGCAGUAACUACUGAUGGG